GCUGAAACUGCACCAAAUAUUAAGCAAUGUGAUGAAACAUGCGGGGAUACUUGUGAUAAUUCUAGAAUUUACAUCUCAAAUUUGCCAACAGAUGUGACAAUUGAUGAAUUGAGGGAUCUUUUUGGUGGCAUUGGACAGGUUGGAAGGAUCAAACAGAAACGUGGUUACAAAGAUCAGUGGCCCUGGAACAUAAAGAUAUAUACUGAUGAAGCUGGAAAUAGUAAAGGAGAUGCUUGUCUUUCCUAUGAAGAUCCUGCGGCAGCACAUUCUGCUGGAGGCUUCUACAACAACCAUGUUUUAAGGGGCUACCCUAUCAAAGUUGCGAUGGCUGAAAAAUCUGCGCCAAGACCUGCGCCUGCAUAUGGUCACGGUGGUGGAAGGGGUGGCCAUGGCGGUGGUGGAGAUAGGCGUAGAGACAACUACAAAGACAGUGGUGGUUCUGGGCCUGAUAGGAACUAUCAUGGUGGUCAGCGUGCAAGGCCAUAUUGAAGAACCGGUGAUUCGUUGUACUGAGAAAGUGCUCUAAAAUAUACAUUCCCAGAUCACCCGAGUUAUGUACCCUAACAGGAGCCUAAGGUAGGUUUUACCUAUUCACUUAGGACUUCCUCUCUCAGUAUUCUAAGUUGGAUGAGAGUUAAGAUAAAAACUAAAUUGAUUUGUGCUGUGUGGAUGUUUGUUUCGUUUUUCUUUUUUAUAGAGACAAGUGGAUGUAAUCUCCAAAUUGCUGUUUAAGUUUGAAAAUUACAGGUGAGUACUACCUUUUCCACCAUUAAUAUAA